AAAGAAAAUGAUUCCCAACGCCAAAGGCAGAAUAUUCGUUCGGGAAAUUAGGGUUAGGGUUGCAGCGUCCUCCAUCAGCACCCGUAUAUAAAUACCCUUUUCCCCCCCACUUGUUCUACCGUAAUCCUUACGCUCUCUCACUCACAAACGCACACUGAAUUCAAAAACAUCGAAAGAGAGAGGCAUGGCCGAGCAAACCUUCAUCAUGAUCAAGCCAGAUGGCGUUCAAAGAGGCCUUAUUGGCGAGAUUAUUAGCAGAUUUGAGAGGAAGGGUUUUUACUUGAAAGGGUUGAAACUCGUUACUGUGGACCGUCCUUUUGCUGAGAAGCACUAUGCUGAUUUGUCUGCAAAGCCUUUCUUUAGUGGUUUGGUGGAUUACAUUGUCUCUGGCCCUGUUGUUGCCAUGAUCUGGGAGGGUAAGAAUGUUGUUACAACUGGCCGAAAGAUUAUCGGAGCCACAAACCCAGCUCAAUCUGAGCCUGGAACUAUUCGUGGUGACUUUGCUAUUGACAUUGGAAGGAAUGUUAUCCAUGGAAGUGAUUCAGUUGAGAGUGCUAACAAGGAAAUUGCAUUGUGGUUCCCUGAGGGCCCUGCUAACUGGCAAAGCUCCCAGCACUCUUGGAUCUAUGAGUAAUACAAAUGCCUCAAGUUGAUCUUGAAAUUGGCCUUAGGUUGAUCCAGAUUAUCUACAUGUUUUCUGUUUUUGUCCAUUGUUGGACUUUUGCUAAGAGUUUGGUACCGUGGUUUGCAUGUAGAGUCUAUUUAUGUCAUUUCUGUUGAAACAUGCUCACAGUUUGAUAAAUUAAAUCCCAAACUAGUUUUGCUUUUACCUUGUUGAUUGUUAAUGUUUUUGCAUAUGAGCCAUUGAUGAGGAUGCAGGUGCAGUUACAUUAUAGUCUUCCAUUG